AUUGCCCAAGCAUUUACAUAAACAAAUUCAUAUGUAUGUAUGUAUUAGAACAUACACAUAUGUAGAUGAAUAACUGCCCGUCAAAUAAAGUGGCCAGCUACAGCUAACAGCAAUCUCAAUGUCAAACUUGGUUAAACUGCUCAGUAGGAGAACUGUCGUCGUUCUCAACAGUAAACAAUCGCGUAAAAUGGCUAGCAACAGUAAAGAAGCCGUUGUGGCUGUCGGCCAAAUGCGAGCGACAAGUGAUAAAAGUCAAAAUAUGCAGCAGGUGAAGGAGCUGGUCUCGCGCGCCAGGGCUCAAGAAGCAAAGAUGUUGUUUCUGCCUGAGUGCUGUGACUAUGUGGGCGAAAGCCGGCCACAGACCUUAGAGUUGGCUGAGCCCCUUACCGGCCCCACAAUGAGCAAAUACCGAGAACUGGCCCGCUCCAAUAAACUCUGGCUUUCCCUUGGUGGCGUACAUGAACUGACAGGCGACAACUCUUCGGAAUGCAAAAUAUACAAUGCUCAUGUUAUGAUUAAUGACCAGGGCGAGGUAGCGGCGAUCUAUCGAAAGAUGCACCUGUUUGAUGCGGAGACCAAGGAUUUCCGGCUGCGCGAAUCAGACACUGUAGCGGCGGGAAAAAGCCUGGAGCGCCCUGUAAGUACCCCUGCUGGUGAGGUAGGCUUACAGAUUUGCUACGACCUGCGCUUUGCGGAGCCCGCACUGAUUCUUCGAAAACUUGGCGCCCAGCUCCUCACCUACCCGGCUGCAUUUACGUACGCGACCGGCAAGGCGCACUGGGAAAUCUUGUUACGGGCCAGAGCCAUUGAGACACAGUGCUUUGUGGUGGCUGCUGCUCAGCAGGGUUGGCACAACAAAAAGCGGCAAAGUUGGGGCCAUGGUAUGAUUAUCAAUCCGUGGGGAAAGGUGCUAGCCGACUGUGGAGGGGAACAGGAGCUCGCAGUGGCUACAGCAACUAUCGAUUUGGGUAGCCUGGAAUCGCUCUACCAGAGCAUGCCAUGUUUCGAACACCGCCGGAACGACAUCUACAGUCUGACAGCAUACAAUUUACCUACCGCCACAACCGAUGGGUCCUCGUGCGAAGAUCGCAUGUUCGCCGGCAACAAGGUGGACAUGCGCACAAUAUUCUACGAGUCGGAGCAUUGCUUUGCCUUCACAAAUCUUCGCUGUGUUGUCCAGGGACAUGUGCUUGUCUCUACAAAACGCAUCACGCCACGCCUCAAUGGGCUAAAUUGCGCUGAAAUGACCGACCUAUUUGCCACAGUGUGCAUGGUGCAGCGUCUGUUGGAGAAGCGUUACAACACCACCUCUGCCACAGUGACUGUGCAAGAUGGAGCAGAUGCUGGACAAACUGUACCUCACGUGCACUUCCAUGUGAUGCCCCGGCGCACCGGCGACUUUGGUCACAAUGAUCAGAUUUACGUAAAAUUGGAGGAGCGCACAGAGAACAUGCCCCCACGGACCCUGGAUGAACGCAUUGACGAGGCUCAAAUGUAUCGGGACAUGUUGCGAUCGAGCAACAAUUAUUAAAAAGUGCCCUCCUUUGUGUUUUGUUUAUACUGUUAUUAAAGACAAACAUGUUUCCAAAAUGUAAAUAUUGAUGAUUUAUAUUGCAACUGUUGCAUUCACAAUAGACAGUAAAAUAUAUGCAUA